AAAUUAAAUUUGUAAGACCAAUUUAAUAUCACCGAUAUUGUUGUCUGGCAACUCCAUCGCAACUUCAUAACAUUCAAAUCGUAACGUAAUAUUUUCAGCAGUUUGGAAAGACUUGUUCCGUUGAAAGGUUUGACCUCCGUAACUCCACCUGCGCCCAUGGUUUCACUACGUCAUAGUUCAUGACGCGACGAUCAGGUUACGAACCGAUUAUGCUAAUGAGGUAGGGAUCCUGUCAACAGUUGUAGAUAAAUGCAAAAAUGUCACCAGAACAGAUAAACUAGUACACUACCAUCACUAAAAGAUAGCUAUUGAAACAAGAGGAUGGUUUAUACGUAAAAAUAAAGUGGGAGCUAAGGACGUCAGACUCUCUCAAUGGCAUUUGACCAUUGACCUCCAAGCUGGUAACGUAAACAAACGGGGUAUAACGUUUACUUAAGCAAACAUGGUUCCACCUUCGCUACCGAAACUACGUAUGCAUAUGAGCUGAGAAUUUCCCGACUAUUUCACAAGAUUUCGGCAUAAAUUUAAAGAAGUCUACAGAAUCAGAACAACAGAGACAUGGAGAGCGACUUGUUGGAAAAGCUUCAGGAGUUCCCGAGUCCGUUUUUCUGGGACUUGAACGAGUCGAUGUACGAAAACGUGCACGAAAAAUUGAGCCAGUGGAACUGUUCUGACACCGACCGAUUAGCUUGGAGUAACGCUACAGCUUUCCUGUCCUACGCUCGCGACAAGGACACCUUACAAGCCCGCCAACAGUUUCAGGAGGUUUUGGAGGAAGACCCAGAGAACCUCGUGGCACUGACAAGCCUGGCUUACAUAGAUGUUAAACACAGCGAUGUGGAACAGGCAGAGACAAGGCGGAAGUUGUUGGUGGAACUGAAAGAGUCGGGAGGUGAAAGUCGAGUCCAGAGCAGGUGGGCCGCCGCCAUGUUUGAAAAAGCAUUUUGUCUCACUCGAUUUGGUCAGUGGCGAUAUAGGGAGGCCCAGACAUGCAUUGAAGAAGCUCGUAUGUUCGACAGCGACAACAAGGAAUGGCUAAAAGCAGAGACAUUCUUGCUUACUAAACAGGUUGAAAGUCAGGCGUUGUAAGCUCGAGUGCCUUCCGGUGAUAUUAAAACUUUCCUGGACCGGGCAGCGGCCAACGUUCUCAAGCUACAACAGAUGGAGCCCGACAGUGGGCAGGUUCUCUGCAUGGUGGCUGACCUGUUCAACGCAGCCGGAAGUACAGGCCAGGGUCGAACUUGGACGAAGGCGUACAAGCGUAAAAAUCCAGACCAAAGUCUUGAUCCAUCAGUCCUAUACGAAAAGGCUUACGCACUGUGUCCGACAGAUCAGCAUAUUUGCCGACAGGCGGUUCUUCACCUCAAAGCUGCACGCGAAUGGCAAAAGAUGGAGGCCAUCCUGACGGAGGCUCUCAAAGCCUUUCCCAAUGACCAUCUCCUUUACCAUCAAUAUGGCCUCCGGUAUUACAUUCCGUUUUCACUAGCACUGGAGGAGGCAAAGAAGGCUAAAGGCAAAGGCAAGAAAGAGGCUCGGGCAAGUGAAAAGGUCGAAAAGGCAUCCGCUUCAUUGUCCAAGGCAGAAGAGUACCUCCGAGAGGGGGUAAGGCUUGACCCGCUCUUUACACGUUGCGGGAUCUCCUUGGCCCAGUGUCUUUACUAUCAAGGUAAGGUUCCUGAGAGUUGGGAACAGUUCCGUAAGGCAGCUGAAGACUCCAGAGACAAGAGGAACAAAGUCGAAGCGAGAAGGGAAUGGGCCAGGCUCCUGAUUGACCACGGGAAUGAAUCAGGGGCGCUGAUGCAGCUCUGUGAGGCACUGAAGUUUGAAGGCCAGGCUGGUGUAUCUGUCUACCACGGGCUGGACUACGCUCUGAAUAGCUGGUACAAAAUUGACCAAGGCAAUCCCAGACUUAUUCGACUUAGGGCAGCGUUUGCACUAGCAGCAGGAAAUGAUGACAGAGCCAUCAAAUGCUACAAACAAGCAAUCAAAAUCGACGAAGACGACACCCCCAGUCUGAUUGGCCUCGGGAAGGCGUACAGGAAGAAGGGCAAAGACCAUUUCGAGGAAGCCAAAAAGUGGUUUGAGAAGGCCUCUGGCCUGGGAGACGACAAAGCAGACGAUGAGCUCUUAGAACUGGAAAUGGAGAUACUACAGAUGGAAGAGCAGAGCGGCGUCACGAGUCCUCAUGAGAAUUUGGACCAGGGAACAGCUGAAAGUCCGCACACUAGUACUUACGAGGAUGAGUAGAGUGAUGAGUAAGAACUUGAUGACGUCUAUGAACUGAAU